AUGGCUUUUAGUAGUACAGCAGCGGCAGGAGCAUCAUUACAAGAUGCGAGUGAUGCAUUAAGUGCUGGUGAACCUAUGGGGUCCAGAAACGAAUUACGCAUGGGUGGACACCGGAACACACAAUAUGUGAAUGAGUUUGGUGAAUGGGAAAAGGAUGAGGAUGUAACGGAGUGUUUAAGUUGCGGGGUUAAAUUCUCUUUUAUCAUGAGAAGACAUCACUGUAGAUGCUGUGGCAGGAUUUAUUGUGGGAACUGUUGUUACAAGUAUGCCUGGUAUGAUAAAAAUCGUGUGAAAGUGGUGGUAAAGUCUCCUACGGAAAAGGAAGUGGAACCUUACAGAACAUGCGAUUCGUGCUAUGAGAACCUUUCCCAAAUGAAGCUUCUGCGAACUCCAUGGGGCGAUAUUCAACUCCCGAGAAAUUCGUCGCGUACCGGAAACCUGGGCAACAGCUCUAGUUUCUUAGACAACGCAAACUCGUCAGUACGGCCAUUCUUUGAAGUGAGCAAGAACAAUAACGUUGUUGAGACUGUGCGUGAUGCCGAGAGCGAACGAAGCAGCGCCAGGCAGAUAGCGCCUAAUUCUGAUGAAGAUUACGAGCGCUGUCCCAUUUGCAACUUUGAUCUACGUGUAUUGGGUACAAAUGAACUGGCUCAGCAAGAGCAUGUCACCGAAUGCAUUCAACAGGCGGAGCUGGCCCAGCAGCAGCAUAAUAUGGUUGGAAGUCCCACUUACCAAAAUAGAAUGCUGGUUUACAAGAUACCGGAAAAUACCACCAACAUACAGGAAUGUCCUAUAUGUUUCGAGGAAAUGGUUCCCGGUGAAAAAGUAGGAAGGUUAGAAUGUCUUUGUGUAUUCCAUUAUGAGUGUAUCAAGAGUUGGUUCAAGAAGAAGUCCCAAAAACUAAUGCAGCAGAAUUCAGGCACUGAAGCAUCCCUUCUGAUGCUCGGUAAAAACUACUGUCCUUUUCACGAUGCAAUAUACUAUUAA